AUGCCAGGAAAGAGAAUUGCGGUCAUUGGUGCUGGGGUCAGUGGAUUAGGGGCCAUUAAGAUCUGCCUGGAGGAGGGAUUGGAGCCCAUCUGCUUUGAAGGAACCAAUGACAUUGGAGGACUGUGGAGAUACCAGCAUGAUAAUGUGCUUCACAAGAUUGAAUUAGGAAUCAACAGGUUCAAAGGUCAAUAUAUCCACAGCUAUGAAUACAGGAGUCCAGAGAAAUUUCAGGGGAAGAAAAUCAUUGUGGUUGGCAUUGGAAAUUCUGGAGCUGACUUGGCAAUUGAGCUCAGUCAUGUAGCUUCACAGGUGUAUCUCAGCACAAGGCAGGGUGUGUGGAUUUGGAACCGGGUCUGGGAUAAUGGAAUGCCCAUAGACACUGUUCUCUUCACUCGUUUUAAGACCAUCCUCAACAAAUUUUACCCUACGUUUUUAAUCAACAGAUGGGCAGAGAAUAAAUUAAACGCUCGAUUUAACCAUGACAUUUAUGGCUUACUACCUAAACACAGACUUCUCAGUCAUCAAGCUACUUGUGGUGAUGAUCUACCCAAUCACAUAAUAUCUGGAAGAGUUCUGAUAAAAUCAGAUGUUAGGGAGUUCACAGAGACGUCAGCCAUCUUUGGAGAUGGUACAGAAGAGGACCUUGAUGUUGUUAUUUUUGCCACAGGAUAUAGUUUCUCUUUUCCCUUUUUGGAAAACAAUGCAACAGUUCUGGACAGCCAGCACUCCAUGUUUAAAUUUGUCUUCCCCCCUCAACUAGAGAAACCAACACUAGCUUUCAUUGGCAUCCUCCAGCCAGUGGGAGCCACCAUUUCCACAUCGGAACUCCAGAGCUGAUGGGCCAUGCGUGUAUUCAAGGGUAUGAUUGAACAAAUUACCUCGGUGAGUGGCAUGAUGGCAGACAUAAGAUGGAAGAGAAAAAAAUUUGAAAAAGAAUUCCUGAAUAAUCCUCGCGACACAUGCAGAGUGCAAUACGUGGAAUACAUGGAUGAGAUUGCCUCUGAAAUAGGAGCGAAACCCAACCUGCCCUCCAUCUUCCUGUGGGAUCCAAAGCUGGCUAUAGAAAUUUCCUUUGGCCCAUGCACGCCUUACCAGUACCGCCUGCAGGGGCCAGGGAAGUGGGCUGGGGCCCGGAGAGCCAUCCUGACCCAGAGAGAGUGGAUCAUCAAGCCCCUGAGGACUCGAACCCUCAUCUGUGACCAGCCUCCAUCCUCUGUGCCAUUUUGGCUUAAAAGGGCCUGUGCAGCUCUUCUCCUCUUUGUUCUCACCUUAGUCAUUAUUAAAGGAUAA